CUGUCACGUCUCAAUCGACCAAUCGUGGCUCAGCAGAGGAGCGACACACCUGUAUAAAAGCAGACUCCGAUUCAUUGAAGCGGGAUAAAGAGCUGAGACACUUUCGCAUGGGGAGUCUCUGUUUGUCUGUCUAGUCUGUGCGCGCAGUAGUAAGCCUGGUGUGAGCGCUGGUUCUUGACUUUUAAAGAUGGAUGAAAUAUUCAACCACAGCGGAGCGCUCAAUCGAAGUUCGCCUGGCGAUGAGAAAUUCAGUUUCGAAGACAUCGACGUGAGCGCGGACUGCACCUUCAUCCUGAGGAUACUCAUCUCCGUGGUGUACUCCGUAGUUUGCGCAAUGGGUUUGGUGGGGAAUCUGCUCGUCUUCUUCCUCAUGAGGUUACGACAAGGUCGAAAGAGGUCCACCAUUAAUUUUUUCAUCAUCAACUUGGCAGUGACAGACUUCCAGUUCGUGCUCACUCUGCCCUUCUGGGCUGUGGACACCGCGCUCGACUUCAGCUGGCCGUUUGGAGACGCCAUGUGCAAAAUCAUCCUCUCGGUCACCGUGAUGAACAUGUACGCCAGCGUGUUUUUUCUCACUGCCAUGAGUGUGACCCGCUACCUGUCUGUCGCGUCGGCCCUAAAGAAAAAGGCUUACAGGAGGUCACGGUGUGUGAAGUGGGUGUGCGCGGUGCUGUGGGUGGCGGCAACGGUGGCAACAGCUCCGACAACUAUCUUCUCCACCGUGACUGUGGUCGCUGGAGAAAAACUCUGCCUCCUUAAGUUUCCUGAAGGGCACGACUGGCUCGCCCUCUAUCACAUCCAGAAAAUACUGAUAGCGUUUGUCAUCCCUAUGCUCAUAGUGUCUGCUAAUUACCUGAUGCUCCUGCGCUUCGUCAGGCGGAGGAGCAUGGACAGCAGCAACCCGAAACGAAGAUCUAGAGUCACCAAAUCUGUCGCUAUCGUGGUUUUGUCUUUCUUCUGCUGCUGGAUGCCAAAUCACGCCAUCACCUUUUGGGGUGUCUUGGUUAAAUUUAACGCAGUCAACUGGGAUAAAUCAUAUUACAUGGUGCACACGUACGUGUUCCCGGUUACUGUGUGCUUGGCGCACGCAAACAGCUGCUUGAACCCGGUGCUUUACUGCCUGAUGAGGCCAGAGAUCAGGAAGAUGCUCAGCGGUUUGUUUUGGAGAGUCUCCACUCCGUCCUCCAACAAGGGCUGCGCGACGCGCUCUUUUACGCACGGAGAAACGCAGGGAGUUGUACCUCUCCAGAUCAUGGACAAUGGAGAGUACACGCUGUCCAUAAUAGACCGGAAAGGCUUAACAAGCUCCAAAAUGAUCCCAUACACCCGAUAACACUCAUCUGGGGAAAAAACAGACCCCAUGCAGCUGUUGUUUUUUGUUGUUUUUCGCUCUGGUUGUCCACCUGUAGCUUCCAUUUGUCAUGCGUAAUGCUUUUCGCUAGUGUCCCAAAUUUGAACAUUUUCAACGACACACGGUCGUGUGUCAGCCAUCAGGACAUGGACUAUGUAUGACAAGUGUGUUGUGGCGUUGACUUUAUCUUCAUUUUUAAAAACUGUCACAAGAAUACCUGAUGAUCACACUGAUGAACGAGUCGACGUGCAUUGAAUUUCGCUUUCCCUUCUCGCCUUUAAAAUGCGGCGGCACGUAGCUUUUCUUGGCGUCUGUUGUAGAUAACUUUUAUAUCAUAUAUUUUUUACUUCAUUCGACAGCGAUGAUGGAUAAGAAACACGGAGGAAAGAGAGACUGGGACCCACGGACCCCGAUCUUAGACAGAAACGUUGGAUUGUAUUAUGUAAAGCGACCUAUAAUUGAUAACGGGAUUAAAACAGAAUCACACGAUUGUAAUGUUUUCUGAACAUCGUGUAAAGCCUUCCGUAAAUCUGUAAAUGAGAUCGUAAGUGGAUGAUUUAUUUACCCUUCAGCCAGGUGCAUUUAUUGUGAUUCUCUGCUUCAUUUCACAAAUCAAUCCAAUCACAAUGUUAAUCUCACAGAGCGUCUUCAGUUUUGUGUAAUUUCUCUAAGAAGAGGAUUGACAUUCAGUGUUAUAUUCUGUAAUAUUUUGUGUAUAUAGAAAUGUAAUAUCCAAAGCUGUGUGCUACCGCCACUGUGUGUACAAAAAAAGGGUAUAUUGUGUAUUUUAUUGUAUAUUUGCACUGUUUUUACACUGGAGGUUUCUCUCACAUCAUUAAAAAACACGAACGUGGCCACAACCUUCUGGUAAUGGACAUAAACAUAGUGCUUAUUCAUAUCAUAUUGAAUAUCUAAUUACAGUUCUGAGCAUGCUUUGUUACUCUCCCACUUUCUGCUCCUGGAUCAGGGUUCUGAAUGCUUAUCCAAAGAGUACAGGAGUACUAAACAGGGCUUUCUGUUGUCUCCACUCUAGUUUAUUGCCAUAGAACCUAUAGCCAUGCAAUUAGAAAAAGAGGCUGACGCAUAAAAUUAUCACUGAGUGCAGAUGACCUUUUUUCUUUGUUUCUCUGAACCUUGCCAUGGACAUCAUAUCUAAAUUUGGCCGAUAUCAUAAAUCAAUAAAUCUAUCCAAAAGCUCAAUAUUUCUAAUAAAUGACCAUAGUUAGAUUUUGAUUGGUUCCCUUUAAAGUAGCUAGAGACUAAUUUAUAUUCUUGGCUGUUUCAGUAAAUAUAAUGGCCUGUUCAAAUAUGAAGCCAUAUGUUGCCAGUGUUAGAGAAAAUCAGUGGUCACUGAUUAGAACGAAGCAGGGAACUGGUGCUGCCAAAUCUUCUGCAUUACACACUGGGCUUCCAACAUUCACAGAGUUAUCUACUGUGUAUCAAAUUUCUAUCAGAUCACUGGACAAUUAUGAGCUUGAGAUGGGACAGUUUGCUUGUAAUCCAGUGUCCUUUGCGCACCUCACAGUGAAAAUAAAGCCAGACAGUCAACCUCAUUGUGAAUGGCUUUGAAACUAUGGUCAAAGUUUGAACAGGUGCUCACUUUGUUACCUAUUGUGUCCAAUGGGAUAUUUCAAUCUUCAUUCGAAGACUAUGCUUUCCAGUUAUGGUUCGGGAAGGGGCACCACUGUAUAAGAGAUAUUGUUCAAAGCAAUGACUUUAUUUCUUUUGAGGACAUCGUCAGAGAACAAGACAUAUUUAAAUCUAAUUUCUUCAGGAGCAUAGAGCGUAGUCUAGACACAAAUAGUUUUGUUUCCUUCCAAUCUUCCCCAGUUGGUUUGGUUAGAUCGAAAUCUUGAACCUGCUCUGAUAUCUAUUGUGCAGUGCAAUUCAAAGGGACCAUCUCAGGGAACAAUAGGGUAAAGACUUGGGAGCUGACAUUUCAGAUGAAGUUUUGGCAGUUUUCUUUGUAAGACAUAGGUUAUUACAAUGUGAGAUAAUCCACAGACUUUGAAUAAGAGACAAAAAUCAAACCUGAUAAGAUGUUCCCAGGAACCAACUUAGUCCAGCUGCUAUCAAGACAAAGCCACCAAUUCAAUUCAGUUUUUUAUUUUAGUGCUAAAUCACGACAGGAGUUAUCUCAGGACACAGAGCAGGUCAAGACAGUACUCCUUAUGAAAUUAUUCAAAGACCCAACAGUUCCCACCAUGAGCAAGCACUUGGCAACAGAGGCAUGGAAAAACCUCCUUAGAAGAGGCAGAAACCUCUAAAUAUCAACCAGACCCUACAUGAGUGUCUCUGGUCAGUCCGAUGCAUGUUUUCCUCCCUACUAUCAUGAAGGCUGAUACUAUUACCCUAAACUCUACAAUCAUACACAGAUAAAGAUUUUAAAAUGUAUUUAUAUUUAUAUUUACAUUUUUAUUUGUUUCAUUUAUAUAUUUGUUUAUUUGUUUGCAGUGUUGUGCAGUUGUAUGAUGUUUGACAUGU